AUUCUCCUUGUCAAGAGAAAAUCUUGAGUGCAACGUGAAGGCUUCUUCUACAUUCAAUCCUCUAGCACAGAGACAUAUGCCAAUGAGGAGCAAAACCCCAACGCCUCUCCGCUUCUCAAAUGGAAAGCAUCAAAAAGCUCAUUCUGACUAUAGUUGGAGUGAUGUAGGUACUGGGGAGAAGGCGAGGAAUGUCUCCGUCCUCGGUGCCAUCAGAAGGGCAGCUAAGAAAGUCUUUGCUAUUAUUUUCUUAGGACAACAAAAGUUCAAGCCCACAGAAUGUAGAUCUGAUCCUGGAGAGAGCAGCACGCUUGACAGAGAAUCUACAUUAUCAGGCUGGACUGGCUAUUCAUCACCAAGCUCUUUUGGAAGGUCAGCAGAAAGAAAGAUUUCAGGUCAAUAUCGUUUUUCUGGUUCAAGAUUUCAAAGUCCUGGGAAAGAUUCUUCUUCUAGCAAAAGUUGGCUCCAAGGCCCAGUUAUAUUUUCUUUUGGGGAGCUUCAAAGGGCAACUGCAAAUUUUUCAUCGGUUCAUCAAAUUGGGGAAGGCGGUUUUGGAACUGUUUUUAAGGGAAAGCUUGAUGAUGGAACUAUUGUUGCUAUCAAGCGUGCAAGAAAGAACAACUAUGGCAAAAGCUGGUUGCUAGAGUUCAAGAAUGAAAUAUACACAUUGUCGAAGAUUGAGCAUAUGAAUUUGGUAAAGCUGUAUGGAUUUCUUGAACAUGGAGAUGAAAAGGUUAUUGUUGUUGAAUAUGUUGGCAAUGGAAACCUACGAGAACAUCUAGAUGGUUUAAGGGGUAACCGCCUUGAAAUGGCAGAACGUCUUGAGAUUGCGAUUGAUGUAUCUCAUGCAUUGACCUAUUUGCACACAUAUACUGAUACUCCAAUAAUUCACAGAGACAUUAAAGCAUCAAAUAUUCUCAUCACGAAUAAGCUUAGAGCCAAAGUGGCAGACUUUGGCUUUGCUCGUUUAGUUUCGGAAGAUCUCGGGGCUACUCAUAUAUCGACUCAGGUCAAAGGAUCUGCAGGCUAUGUGGAUCCAGAUUACCUCAGGACGUUUCAACUAACUGACAAGAGUGACGUUUACUCUUUUGGUGUUUUGCUCAUAGAGCUUCUCACUGGAAGACGUCCCAUUGAGUUAAAGAGACCACAGAAAGACCGACUCACGGUUAAAUGGGCAUUGAGGAGACUCAAAGACGAUGAAGCUGUUCUCAUAAUGGACCCGUUUCUCAAGAGAAACCGAGCCGCUAUUGAAGUGGCUGAGAAAAUGCUGAGACUGGCGAGCGAAUGUCUUGCCCCGACGAGAGCUACACGUCCAGCUAUGAAAGACAUUGCGGAAAAGCUAUGGGCUAUAAGGAGAGAGAUGAAGGAGACGAUGAUAUGUUCCUCUGCCUCUAAUUCUUCGUGUUCUUCAACAACACAUAGCUUCAUUGGUCGUGAUUCAGACAGAUUUGCAUUGCCGAGGAUCGAAGACAACGAGAAUAGCAUUGAGUUACUCUCUCCUUGAUGAUAUCAAUUUGUGAAACAUGUUGCUGCUUCUCAUUUGAAGAAAAAUCUUUACUUAGAUGAAUACAAAUAUACAUGUCACUUAAUUUUCUUUUGCUCUUGUAUAAAUAUACAAAUAAGUUUUGCUUAGUUUCGGGGAAUAUUCUUCAAAUGAGAAAAGAUGGAUAGUAGUCUUAA